AUGGCAAUUUCAGAAACGCAGCCCACUUCGCAGGCUCCCGCGGAUGCGCAGAAUGCGCCAUCGGUCUCAGUGUCGGAGCCGAAGCAGAUAUUAUUAGGGAGAGCUUUCUACGAGAGCUUGGGAAGUCCCAAGUAUAUCGUUGCUCCUAUGGUAGACCGGUCGGAAUUUGCCUGGCGCAUGCUUACUCGUUCAUUCAUGCCUCCCGAUGACCCCAAACCACUCCUUUCCUACUCGCCCAUGUACCAUGCGCGCUUGUUCCACGAGCAACCCGGCAUCCGUCUACAACACUUCCGACCCACGCGCGACGAGACCGAUCAAAACCCCGGCGCUCCGUACCUCGAUGGAAACCCCGCCAUAGACCGACCUCUUUUCGUACAAUUCUGCGCCAAUGACCCCGAUGACCUCCUCAAAGCUGCACGGUAUGCAGAACCAUACUGCGAUGCUGUCGAUCUGAAUCUUGGCUGUCCCCAGGGCAUCGCGAAGAAGGGCCAUUACGGCGCAUUUCUCCAGGAGGACUGGGAUCUCAUAUAUAGGCUGAUUAACCGACUACAUACCGAACUUUCGAUACCCGUGACCGCCAAAUUUCGGAUUCUGGAGACAAAAGAGAAGACGUUGGAAUAUGCGAAGAUGAUUCUAUCUGCCGGCGCAAGCAUAAUCACACUCCAUGGUCGCCGGAGGGAGCAGAAGGGCCAUGAAACAGGCGUGGCUGAUUGGAGCUACAUUCGUUACAUUCGCGACAACCUGCCUCCGGAGACGGUGAUCUUUGCGAAUGGAAACAAUCUGAACUACGAUGACCUGGAACGCUGUCUUGAAGCCACAGGUGCGGAUGGAGUGAUGAGUGCGGAAGGCAAUCUAUCAGACCCGGCGAUCUUCAGCAAACCUCCCCCCGUUGGCAGCGAGACACGAGAGUACUGGCGUGGCAGGAAUGGCAAAGGCGGUUACCGGAUAGACGCAAUUCUGCGCCGGUAUCUGGACAUCAUUUACAAAUAUGUUCUCGAGCAGCCGGUCCCAGAGAGAAAGCCUCUGUAUCUUCCUUCAGAUCCCGUGGAUGAGACUCCAGAAGCAGUCGCUGAGACCACCGAAGAAGUCACCGAAGGCCCGCCCAAGAAAAAACAAAAGAAGGAACUAAAGAAGGAGAUGAGGAAGGAGAAGAAGGACAGGUCGAAACAGAAGAAGCUGAACUCUCCCAGCCUGGGCGUGAUGCAAGGGCAUCUUUUCCAGCUGCUUCGUCCCAUGGUUUCUACGCACACCAACGUCCGAGACGCACUCGCUCGGUCACGACCCGGCGACAUGCCCGCCUUCGAGCACGUUCUCACUCUUGUCGAGGCAACAAUCAAGGACGGCCUCAAAGAAUAUGAACAAUUCCCCGAGCGCUUUGAGGAGCCCCCUAAUCAGGAUCUAAAAGGGUCUAAGGCGACGAUUGCUGAAUACGGUAGGCCGUAUUGGAUUUGUCAACCACACAUCCGGCCCUUGCCCGAAGAAGCCCUGGAGCUCGGCGCCCUCACUGCCAAACAAAAGAAGACUACAACGGACGGCGAUUUUAAAGCUGAAACACCGUCGGAGAAAAUGAACCCCCUUGCCGAAUCCGAUGCCACGCCUCAAGGAUCGACUCCAGCUUCAGCUGUGGCAACGCCGGAUCCUCUGGUUAGCGUUUGA